AGUGUUGUUUGGUGGGAGUGGAGGUAGUUUACAUGGAGUUUCUUUGAAGGGACAUUGUUGUUUGUUGUUGUUGUAUUGAUGAGGGGAUUGAGGGGUGCCUGUCCUUCCUUAAACAUUUAUUUUUUCAUGUACAUUGCGCUGGACUCAUUGCUCUGUCUUCCUUAGUUUGACUCCUCUCUACUAUUGCAGGUUUUGUGGGUCAGGAAGCAACUAGGGUGUGAACUUUCAAGUUCUCUCUUUUACUCUGUUGCCAGAAGGGGUGGUAAAAAAUGCAGACGCCGAAAGCAAGAAGUUCAUCUUCAGAAGGGCCUCAAAGGACAUCUCCAGGGACACCAAAAGCUGCUCGUCGGCUCAAGGCAGCUGGAUCAGAAUGUGACUCAACUUCUACAAAUUCAGCAACCUGGACAACAAAGGAUAGAAGCCUGAAACUCACUGAACGUGUGUCACCUAGAAGCCCGGCUUCUGAGAAGAAGCGACCCAGCAGAGUCUCUGAGUUGGAAUCUCAACUUGUGCAACUCCAGGAGGAUCUGAAUAAGGCAAAAGACCAGUUAACAACAUCUGAGACAUGGAAGAGGCUUGCACAGAAGGAAGCCGAAGAGUCCAAGAAGCAGCUCUUAGACAUGUCCACAAAGCUUGAAGAGUCCCAGCAGCAGCUUCUGGAGUUGUCUACUUCUGAGGACUCCCGGGUACAUGAGCUCCGUAAAGUCUCUCAAGACCGGGAUCGGGCAUGGCAGUCCGAACUCGAGGCUCUUCAGAAGCAACAUUCAGUGGACUCAGCUGCCUUAUCCUCUGCCAUGAAUGAAAUUCACAGGCUUAGGUUCCAGCUGGAAAUGGUUGUGGAGUCUGAGGCUGCCCAGACCAAGCAGGUAGAAGCUGGAGAAUCUGAGCUCCAGAGAUUGAAAAUUGACCUGGAAGAAACCCUUUUUGUUGUUGAGAACAUGAAAGUUCAGCUCAAAGAUUCCAAAGAAUCCGAAGCUCAGGCCAAGGCACUGGUUAGUGAAACUCUACUACAACUGGAAACUGCCAAGACAACUGUGGAGAUGCUCCGAUCAGAUGUUCUUAAAUCCAAGGAGGCUUACAACUGCCUUGUUUUGAACUUGGAGCAAUCUAGAGCUCAAGUGAAUUCGCUUGAAGGACUUAUGAGCAAACUUCAGGCAGACCUAGUUAAGGCUAGCAGCAGCCAAACUGGGGACUCAUCAGGAGAUGAUAGGUCUGCAGGGGAAACUCGGGACCUUGCUGACUCGAAUGAGCUCAGGUUGGAGCUUGAUUCUGUGAAUUUGGAGAUGGGACAGUUAAAGGUGGCACUAGAAGCAGCUGAAGCUAGGUAUCAGGAAGAACAUAUUCAGUACACAAUGCAGAUUCAAAGUGCCUAUGAAAUGGUUGAGCAAACGAAGUCUGAGGCAUGCCUUAGGGUAGCUGAAUUGGAGGCAGAGCUAAAGAAAACCAAGGCUUAUAUUGAAGAGUUGAAAGAAAACCUGAUGAAUAAGGAAACUAAGUUGCAGAGAAUUUCAGAGGAAAAUGAGGGACUGAACAUGAAGAUCAAACAGAACAAGUCUAGUCAGAGGGAGGAUGAACUGGAAGUGGAGUUGCAAAAGUUGAAGGCAGAUGCUACUGAUUUGAAGGCAAAUAUGAUGGAUAAGGAGAUAGAAUUGCGGAAUAUAUCGGAGGAGAAUGAGUUGCUAGAGUUGGAAAUCAAGAAGAGGGAAAUGGAGAGGAGUAAAGUGACUGAUGAAGCCAUCUCUGAGGCAGAGGCAGCAAGGGCUGCUGAGCGGGAGGCUCUAAUGAAAGUUGGCUACAUAACACAAGAAGCAGACAAGAGUAGCAAGAGGGCAGCACGUGUCACUGAGCAGCUGGAGGCAGCACAGGCGGCAAACUCAGAGAUGGAGGUUGAGUUGAGGAGGUUGAAGGUGCAAUCAGACCAGUGGAGGAAGGCAGCUGAGGCAGCAGCUGCUUUUUUUUCAACAGGAAAUAAUGGGAAAUUAAUGGAUAAUUAUGUUACUGGGAAGAUUGGUUCACCCAAUUCAGAAGAUAUGGAUGACGACUCACCUAAGAGAAAGAACAACAUGCUAAAGAAGAUUGGAGUCUUGUGGAAGAAGGGCCAGAAAUAGAGAAAUAGUGUAUGUUGGUUGAUUGGGCUGGCCAUUCUCGAGCAAAUCCUCUUUGUAUAGGUGAUAGAGGAAAUUAGGAGAACUUAUAUUUCUCUUUUCCAACUCUCUGCCUUAUUAAGCAAUUGGCUUUACAACACUUGUGGAAUAAUGGCAUCAGUAGGUGAUUAUAUAUACAUGAUAUGACUGGGGGAAGAGGUAAUCUGUUAAAUUUUCAUGGCUUUGAGAUGGGCAGUGCACCUAAAACAUGAGCUGAUCAAACUAUGUUUUGGAUCUUUAUAUCUCU